AUGGAGCCCUCUACGAAGAAGCGGAAAAUUGCUCCUAGACCUGAAGAAAAGGCCUCUAUGGUUGAACAGCAAAAUUAUGAUCCAUACAAAUACCCCCCACCUCCUGUGGUGGAAACCGCACCCUAUUCCGAGCGAAGCGACUUUGAAUCUUUUGCCCGUCAUCUCCAGGAUGCCGCUAUGCUUAUCUACUCUCAGGCGAACCGUUCUCCCUAUACAAGUGUCUCAGUUCUUCUUUUGCGCUGGGAAGAUGAUCAGAGUGUCGAGCAAGAUUUCCUACAGCUCGAGAAGCUUUUCCAAGAUCAUUUCAAUUAUCGAACUGAGAGUUGGUGUAUUCCCAACUGUCCCAAUCCAGAGGCUGAUCUUACAACGCAAAUGGAUCAGCAUCUCGGAUAUUCCAGGCAAGACCAUCUUUGGAUUGUUUAUUACACUGGCUACGGAUUUUUAGGAUCAGAUCUUAACCUCUACUGGGCAAGCAACCCCGAAAAAGAUGCUCCCAAAAUAAGGUGGGAAAGCAUCAGAAGUUGUAUAGAAGAUUCUCAAUCAGAAAUCCUAUUACUUUUAGACACUUGUGCCAUCUCUGAGGGGUCCUUUUCAGGCGAUGAUACCUUAAAACAAAUAAUUGCUGCUUAUCCACCCGAUCAAGCAGCAAGAGACCCAGGCCCUAGAUCUUUCACUUACAACCUAAUACAAGCUCUUUCAAAGUUAGGAAAUGGCCGGCCAUUUACUACCCAAAGACUUCACGAGGAAAUCGUAGCCUUAAAACAAAAUAAAUUUCUACAACAUGCAGGGCAAGCCAAUGGACAGAUGAGCGCUGCCAACAGUAGCUCCUCUAAUCAUGAAAGGAUGCCCAUCUACUUUUCCCUGACAUCAAACCAUACGAAAGGUAUUUUGAUUUCUCCAUGUGGCUCUCAACAACAAUUUUCGCAGUUGAGCUCUCCAACAAUCCUUGCUGAUCCAGAAGGCGAAAAUGCUCGAUUCCAACUUGAACAGUCACAAUUGCUUAAAUUCAAUCCUACGAACGAUCUCACGUUUGAAGAACCAAGGGCCUUGGUUUGUACAACAUUUCUCGGCGAGCCCAGUCCAGAAAUGUCUUCCUUCAAGCAAUGGCUUCAUCAUGCACCUGUAGCUGCUGGUAAAAUAGCAGUGGAGGGUAUGUUUCAUGGCCCUCCAACCGUUCUUCUCAUAUCGAUGCCGAUAUCAGUAUGGAAUGUACUCGCUGCUGAUCGAACUUGCGCUUUCCUGGGCUAUGUUAAUUCCCACAAUAUGACAGUGGAGUACCAGAGACUUAUAAAUGGGUUCUCUCCUAUGAAUAAAGCUGCUACCUUUAAGGAACUAGAAGAUGGAAAAAUUUUGUUACAAGCUCGUCAGGCUGCAGCCUCGACCCCAGUCAUGGUUAGGAACGAUAUAAUAAGGAAUGAUUCCAACUCAGACCCACUCCAGCAAGAUAAUCUGCGGACAGAUCCUAUGAUACUAGGAACCCCAAACUCAGGUCCUCAUGUCUACCUAGAACCGGGAUUUUCCAAUGUUGCAGAUCAUAAACACGUUGAAGACUCGGUUGAAAUGCACGAGGCUGCAGAACAACUUAAGGCCCUAAGUCAUGUUCGGCACGUUAGUCAUGAUCGCAACCUGCAUACAGUAAAUGAAGAAUCCCAGGCUCUAAGGAUUAGUCGGGGUGAAUCAGCUUCCUCGCCAGAGCCUGAUGAUAACAAUGAGGAUAUAGUGUAUAACUCUGAAUAUAACUCACCAGCCUCCCGACCUAAACCGCGAAAGCCAACUCAGAAAGCUCGUCCCAAACAGGAUCUACGCUGUUCUUUGUGUAGCCAUAUUCCGUUUAAGGAUUCUUCUUCCCUACGAAAACACAUUGCAGCUGCACAUACAAGGCCUUUCCCAUGUGCAUUUUCUUUUGCAGGCUGCACGAGCACAUUUGGAUCCAAAAAUGAGUGGAAGCGUCACAUUGCAUCACAACAUUUAUGCCUUACAUAUUAUCGCUGCUCUUCCUGUCCACAGAGCACCGCUGAAGGCAAGGGAAAUGAGUUUAACCGCAAAGAUCUAUUCACUCAACAUUUACGUCGUAUGCACGCUCCUUUUGCUAUCAAGAAAUGUCUUAGUAAAGAUGAUACAAAACUUCAGGCAGAGUGGGAAACUCACGUAAAAGAAAUGCAAAAUAAUUGUUUAGUAAUUAGACGCCAACCGCCACAAAGAUCAGCAUGUCCAAAGCCAGAUUGUACAAGCGUCUUUGAGGGUACAGGUAGUUGGGACGAUUGGACAGAGCAUGUUGGUAGACACAUGGAAAAGGGCGAGGCUAGUAGACUUGGAGUUGAUCGAUUAUUAGCAAGAUGGGCACUCGAAGAAGGAAUAAUUGAAAGAAGAUUUGAUGGUGAAUAUCGUCUAGUGGGUUCAGAGAGAGAUUCGACCAUUGGGCCAGGCUAUUACAGUGAUGGUAAUGGUGGAGUGACGCCAAAACGAUUAGAACAAGAUGAAGGAAACAGAAUACCUAAUAUGGAGGGAGAAGGUUUAAUAUGA